AGCCAGAAACUGGCCAUACUCAAAACAGCAUUGCAAGCUGGGUAUGAUAAUGCAGCCUCGCAAUUACUGGAGUAUGGCGUAGACUUGAACAUUAGGGUCAUGGGAGAGCAUCGAGAAACUCCCCUGCUAUGGGCUGUGCAUCAAAAAACCCUCGAUUUGAUUUUGUUGCAAAAGUCUGAUCGGGUUAUAUCUACGAUUGCUUUAAGCCUAGCCAUUGACCAAAACGAUGGCCCUAUGGCCAAACUCCUUCUGGAAAACGGUGUGCAGUGCGAAUUCGAAGAAGCGGAUCGGGAGCCGCCUUAUGUUUCACAUCCCUUCAUGACUACCACCUGCUGUGACUUCCCUGUUGGGGAGCCAGAAGAGUUUAUUCAUCCGCUCUUCCGUGCUGUUGUAUACGGAAACGAGGACUUAGUUAGGCUCUUGCUCUCGUAUGGUGCCGACGCCAACGUCGGAUACCAUGGCCUCUGUUGGUAUAAAUUGAAGAUGGACCGGGAAGAGAGAAUCAAGUUCGAGUGUGGCAGAGUAAUUCAAGUUGCCAUGGAGCUGAGGCACGAGACGAUUGUGCAACUGCUGCUUGAGUAUGGUGCAGACAUUAAUCUUGGGCGACCCGUCUGGGACUUUAGGACUCAUAACUGUGAGAUGGUUCCAAGAGAUGUAUUCCAGAGAGUUAGAGCUGGCUUAAACGCCGCAGUGGCAGCAAGGGAAAACAACAUGAAGGCAUAA